AUGUCGACCAUUGCCAUGCCCGUUCACUCUCCGACGUCGACCGCCUUUACCACCCUCCACUCCUCGCCCACCUCAGAUGACGAGCACAACCACGAGACCAUCUCUGCAGGUGGAAUACACGCCAUCAUCCCCUCCGCGCAAACCCUCUCGUGCCUCGCUCUCUCUACCGCCAACCCCGCUCCCGAGAACACCACUGUCACCCGGCUCGCUCGCACGGGCAGCUUCGUUGGUAUACAGGCAAAAUUUUCGCCCAAUUCGCCCAUCCACGGCCACGCGCUGUUCAAGCUCCCGUCUCCAAUUCACCUCCUCGCGACGUCUCGUGCGCGGACGUUAGCCCGGGUGAAGACUCUGCCCCCCGUCACAGGCGCCGCUGGCGCGCACGUACCUGUCCCGGUUCGCCGAGCUGAGACUAUCGCCGCCGCGGGGAUCAUGACGCCCUUGGAGGAAGACGAGGAGGAGCACGACGAGCCUGAGCAGGAGGAUGUCGGAGACAUGAAGGACUCGCCGGCGGAGGCCGCGACGGACAACUCGGACGAGGAUAUUCCUCCGCUCCACUUGGCUUAA